AUUGUCCCCGCCCCUCCUGCUCCACGCGCGCGCGUACGGCCGCCUCUUACUUAAGAGCGCGAGCCGGGACUAUGGCGUUGGGGAAAACGGGCUACGGGCAGUACUUGCUGCUCCUAGCGCAGCAGAACGUAGAAUUCCGGUUGCCGGAAAUACAGUCUUUACUUUCUCUCUGUGACGGAAGGUUCAGCAGUUCACAAGAACUGAGAUUAAAGAGCCCAUUUUGGAUUCUUGACUUGCCUUCGGAAGAGAUAGCUAGAAGACUAAUGAAACGAACAGUAUGUGCAAAAUCAAUAUUUGAGCUGUGGGGUCAUGGGAAAUCUGUAGAAGAAUUGCAUUCUUCAUUGAAGAAUUAUCCACUAGAGAAAAUGGCCCCAUAUUUACAGUCCAACUUCACCUACAAAAUAAUAGUCCAUGCAUUCAACAAAACGCUAACACAACCAGAGAAGAUUCAAAGAAUAGAUUCUUUGCAGUUUUUACCAUUUAAAGGACGUGUAGAUUUAAAUAAUCCAGAUCACACAUUUUGGUUUCUAGAAGAUCAUGGAAUUUAUCUAGGCAACAGUACAGAACAGCCUAUUAGCUUGUACUUUGGAAGAUGGAUUGCCAAUGGACAAAGAGAACUUAUUGAAUCUUACAGUGUUAAAAAAAGACAUUUUAUUGGGAACACGAGCAUGCAUUCCGGCUUGGCUUUUAUCAUGGCAAACCACGGAAAAGUAAAACCAAACAAUAUUGUGUUUGAUCCUUUUGUGGGAACAGGUGGACUUCUUAUAGCUUCUGCACACUUUGGAGCAUAUGUCUGCGGCACAGAUAUAGAUUAUAAUAUAGUACAUGGGUUGGGCAAAGCUAGUAGAAAGAAUCAAAAGUGGAGAGGACCUGAUGAAAAUAUCAGAGCCAACCUUCGCCAGUACGGUUUGGAGAAAUACUACCUUGACAUAUUUGUUUCUGAUGCAUCAAAACCCAUAUGGAGGAAGGGAGUGCAAUUUGACGCAAUCAUUACAGAUCCACCAUAUGGCAUUCGGGAAGCCACCAGAAAAAUUGGUUCACAGCGGGAAACACCAAAAAUGAUUGAAAAAAGCACUGAAAAUCAUAACCUAAUUUCUUCAAAUUAUCAGCUGAGUGAUAUAAUCUUUGACCUGUUAAAAUUUGCGGCAAAGUAUUUGGUUCUUGGAGGAAGAUUGGUCUACUGGUUGCCUGUAUACAAACCAGAGAUGGUAGAAACAUAUUUCUCAGAUUUAGAAAAACAGAUUAGCAUUGAGGACGACACAAAUUCUCACAUAUUGGAUAGCCAGUAUCUGCAGUACAAAUGCCAUGAUUCCUUUCGUGAGAAAUAUUUCAGUGGAGUGACGAAGAGGAUUGCCAAGGAAAAAAAAGACAGCCAAAAGUAAUCUGUUUGGAAAGGAAAAAAUGAAAGCAAGGAAUGCACAAGGCUUGUAUUUGGCUAUUAAAACAUCUGGACCUCUACAUUAUGUAGAAGCUUCAGAGAACAAAUACUGUUUUUAAUUUUUUUUUAAACUCAAAGCAAAAACCACAACAUAAGUGAAGGACAGUUCUUUUUCAUUAACUUUUGUUUAUACCAGAUUAUUGCACAAGGUUUUUUUUGACCUUUAUUUAAUUUAUUUUAGGACUUUGAGUUCUAAUGAUAAUUGAUUACAACCUUUAUCACUAUUAGCCUUUCAGUCUA